GCCCACUCCAGCCAUCAUCCAAUCAUCUACUCUGGCCCCCCACAAUAUAUGAGUUACUCCACACCAAUGAGCUACAUGGCGCCAACAUCCUACCAACACUCAGGCUUGGUAUACACUGGCCAACCUCACUACCCCUACUCAGCGGCUCUGCAAUCACCCUUGGCCUGGCCCCCCAUACUAUCACCAUCUGUCAAUGCCAAUAUACGCCCCGCCCCCUUCUCAACAGAUGUUCUUUCCUGGUCACUCCAAGCCAACCAGACAAAUGGCCCUCAUCCACCAGUCAAUUAUGGGGCCCGCCCCAGUCAAGCUGCAACAUCUGAUCAGCCCAGCAAUACACCUGCCCCUCAACAGCCAUUUACUAGCGGGGUCAACUCCAAGGCAUCUGUCCAGACCGAGAUAUCUCAGUUUGAAGAGCCAGGGGCAAGCUGUGAAGAUUUGGAUUGGGACUUGGGGAACGAAAGCGCCAAUUUCCACAAGCUGAAGUCAUCAUUCUUACUGCAUGGUCCAGCCAAAAUCAAUCCCUUGGCUUUGGAAGGCACUGAUGUGUGGCUCUUGGCCCCCUCUGGAACUUGCCCGGUUGAGAGUACUGUGCCUGCACGGCCCAAUUUUGCUGUUGAACAACAGACUUCAAUGGGGCUGGAUCUUGAGAUGGGAGAUGGUCUGGGGCUGGCCCUUCAAGAGAUGAGGCUCGACCUCACCAUCAGGGAUGCAACUCAAUAA